GCCGCCGCCGCCUCCCCCGGCCCCGUCGCUUGACUCCCCAUGGAUCAUGUCCAUCCGCGAAAAGCUCGACCAAGCCCGGCAAUACGAGGCCUCCUCCCCCUGGGCGACUCUAUCCAUCUACCGCGUCCCCAAAUCCCUCCGUGACGUUGACGAGACCGCCUACGCCCCUCAGAUCGUCUCCAUCGGCCCCUACCACCGCGGCCGCCGCCGACUCCGCGACAUGGAUCGCCACAAAUGGCGCGCCCUCCACCACGCGCUCACCCGCGCUGGCCACGACGUCCGCCUCUACCUCGCCGCUGCCCGCUCCCUCGAAGACCGUGCCCGCGCCUGCUACGAAUCUCCCCUUUCCAUCUCCGGCGAGGCCUUCGUCGAAUCCCUCGUCCUCGACGCCAUAUUCGCCCUCGAACUCUUCCGCGGCGUUGCCGGCGAGGGCUUCCCACGUCUCGGCUACGCCCCCAACGAUCCCGUCUUCGCCGUCCGCGGCAUCAUGCACUCGCUCCAGCGCGACAUGAUCAUGCUCGAGAACCAGCUCCCUCUCUUCGUCCUCGACAUAAUCCUCGCCCUUCAGCUUGGCCACGAACCGUCUCGCUCAGGCCUCGUCGCUCCCCUUGCCCUCCGUUUCUUCGACCCCCUUAGACCCACUGACGAGCCCCUCUCUUCCUCUGCAUCCUUCGAUCCUCUCUCCGACGCUGGCAGCAGCGGGGCCCUCCAUUGUGUCGAUGUCUUCCGCCGCAGUCUCCUCCUCGCGUGCCCAAAACCAGCUUCACGGCCAUGGAUCCGCCGUCGUUGGUCCCACGCGCGGCCUGUCGCCGAUAAACGACGUCUGCAGCUCAUCCACUGCGUCACCGAGCUCCGCGACGUCGGCAUCAAAUUCCGGCGCCGAAAAAGCGACCGGUUUUGGGACAUUAAGUUUAAGGACGGUAUCCUGCACAUUCCCCGCCUUCUUAUCCACGACGGGACCAAAUCUCUCUUCCUUAACCUCAUAGCAUUCGAGCAGUGUCAUUUGGAGUGCAGCAACCACAUAACUUCCUACGUUAUAUUUAUGGAUAAUCUUAUAAACUCAGAGGUGGAUGUCGGGUACUUGCAUCACAGGGGAAUCAUCGAGCAUUGGCUCGGGAACGACGGGGAGGUGGCCGAUUUGUUCAACCGGCUUUGCCAGGAGGUAGUGUUCGACAUUAAUAAUUGCUACUUGUCGGGGCUAUCGGAGCAGAUGAAUUGUUACUAUAACCAUAGGUGGAAUGCUUGGAGAGCCAGCCUGAGUCAUAAGUAUUUUAACAAUCCCUGGGCUAUCAUCUCCUUAGUCGCUGCUGUUGUUCUGCUUCUGCUCACUUCUGCACAGACAUUUUAUGGUAUUUAUGCCUACUACAAGCCAAAUUAGCUACAUUUGCGCUCCGAUGAUUCAUCCAUUCUUGGAUUCUUUUAUAUUCUUUUUCUGUUGCUUCUUCAACCAUGAAUGUGUUGUCUGAUUGUUUUCAUGGAUUUAUCUGGUUCAUUGAGCUGCUGGUAAGGGUCUCCAGCCGAACUCCAAAAGACUUUAAAGCAUAGUAUUAAUCAGCAAAAAAGUCAUCAAUAUUGGCGUUGCUAUGUUCAACCACACGAUUUUUAUGUCUCAACCGGAUUUGCCGAAGAAACGUCCGAAAGAAGAGAAGACGGUUAUCUUUGCAGAAGCGCAAAAAAAUGAAAUUCGAUUAGAGAUUAAAUUCAACAUUUGUUUAGUUUCUCAGCAUUUUGGAGUGAAAAAAGGAAUUUUUCGGUUGGAGAAGCCCUUAACUAGCUAUAAUGACCCUGCUCUGUUUUGUUUGCAGAGGAGGUGACAAUUGUCGAUUCUGUGAUAAGUUUAUAUAUGAUGAAUAAAUGCAAGUCAGCAUAUUAGAUUACAAUUGUUUUUUUCUUGGAAAGCCUGUAAUUUUAGUGAAUUGUAUUCGCUAUAAAUUUGAAUGUAUUCAUUAAAA